AUGGCGAGCAACUGGCUGGUGUUGUUGGCGCUCUGUGCCGCCGUCCGGGCUCAGACCCCCACUAAGGACCAUGGAGACGACCUCCUGAACCCAGAGAUAACCACAGAAGAAGAGCUGAGGGUCCUGGUGCAGCAGCUGGUGGUCCGGGUGGAGAGGCUGGAGCGAGGUCCCUCUCCUGUAGCGUUCUCUGCGUCUCUGGUCUCUGGUCCUGAGUGGACCCAUCAGGGCCCGUUCCCCAGCAGCACCACGCUGCUGUUCAGGAAGGUGACGACCAACCUGGGUAACGCGUACGACCCGAGCAUAGGCGUCUUCACGGCCCCCCUGAAGGGCCUUUAUUAUGUGCGCUUCACGGGCAGCGUAGGAAGCUUGGGGUCCAUGAACGCAGUGCUGAUGAAGAACGAUGAGUACAUGUUUGAGGUGUACGACACGCGGGGGACGCACGGCAGCGCCUCCAACGGGAUGGCUCUGGAACUGCAGGUGGGCGACCGGCUGUAUGUCACUCUGUGGGAGGGGCAGAGCGUGUUCGACCAAUCAAGGAUCAGCACCUUCAGCGGCUUCCUACUGCAGCACCUGCAGGAGCCUCCUCCUCCUCCUGCAGCGCCCCCUGCAGGCCAGAUCAAAGUACUGUAACUAAGUACCAUUUAGAGGUACUUGUACUUUACUUGAGUAUUUCCAUGUUAUGCUACUGUGUACUU